GACUAGCUUAUCAGCUUUAGUUAAAUUGCCGUUGAGCAGGCAAGGGACCCUGUUGUUGUUGCGGCGGCGAAGCGUAAGGCCACUACACCUGCCAUCCAGCCAGAUACGGACAAGCCGCCGAGCCGACAACGUUUGGUUUGAUGCAUAAGAAAAAGCCUGCCGUUUUCUGAUCCCAUGACAGCUCAUUUUGAAUUUUGGCCACACUGACAGCUCAUUUUGAUGUUUGGCCACACUGACAGCUCAUUUUGACGUUGGGCCACACUGACAGCUCAUUUUGACGUUGGGCCACACUGACAGCUCAUUUUGACAUUGGGCCACACUGACAGCUUGGAUGGACAGUAUUACACAUGAAGACCAGUUUACAAAAAUGUGACGUUCCUCACAUUUACAGAUUUACAUCCAUUACAUUUUAGAUAAAUAUCAAUGGCAGGCCGUGCUUUUACACUUCAUUACGGGAGACAUUUCUAUGAGAAUGUGCAUACAAAAUAUUCCAUUGUAAGAUUCUUUAGUAGCACCUGUGGCACGUCUGCCGUUUUACCCACAAAACAUGAUAAAAUAGCUUGUGUGACACCAGGAUUAAAAUCUUGUGAAAAUCUGCGUAUGCAUAAUUGGAACAGUUUUGAGAAGAUAGUGAUUUUAAAAGUCGGUACCUCUGGUUACAAGACAUUCAGUUUUCUGCAGACAUGUUACAGAGAAUUUCAUUUUGCGACAACACUGUGCAGUUCUGAUCCAGUUUGUACAAAACGUGGGAUCACAAAGUUUGUUGAUGCCGAUGACAAUAUUUCUGCGGAUUCCAAACCACAUGUAAAUUCCUCUGAAAGUUGCUAUGGUAACGACGUUUCUUUUAUCCUCCAUCCUGAGGAAGAGCCUGGUUCCUCUUUUACUCAAAACCAUUGCAAAGAUGUUGUCAGUAAACCACUCGGUGGUCGUGACGAUGAUGAUUCCAUGACAUCCUUACAAUCAGACUUGUGUGCUAACAACAGUAACAGUGAGAAAACAACUGGUAGUCAUGGUAACCAUUAUUCCACAGAUUUUACUCCCAAUGAACUUGAUGUUCCUGAGGAUCAAGAACCCAGUGGUGUGUUAGCCUGGAAUAACAGAGAGUCCGCUGUUGAUUGUUUACGAAGUGUUUCACAGGACAGGCAUCACCCAGAAAUCUUCUCACCUCCACUGAAUGACGACCAAUUGGAAAUUGUCCCGCUUCAGCAGAAACAAAAAUCAAAACUGUUGCCAGUACACAAUUUGGCUGCCCUCGUAGACAAAUCGGCAAGUUUAAGUGAGCUCGUCAAGCUAGGGGUCGACCUGUCAGAGGUGGAAAAGGUGGACGGAGCCGCUGAUAUGAUUGCUAAAUUGGAUUUUGAAAAUGACAUUCGACCGUAUUUGUUGUUUCUGUCUGAUGUGGGAGUUCCCGGGGACAGACUGGGACACUACUUGAGUAAAAAUCCUCUCCUACUGGAGAAAGAAAUCCCAGAUCUUCAGAGUAAGAUCGGUUACUUGGAGUCGAAGCGGUUUACUCCUGAUGCCAUCGCGAGGAUUGUCUGCAAGUGCUACGUUUUCCUUGUGCUGCCUCUUAAGAUGGUUGAUGCAAAACUGGGAUAUCUGCAAACACGCUUUCAACUUACAGGAAGUGAAGUCCGAAGUGUGGUUACUAGGCUACCAAAGCUGAUUGCUUGGAAAACUGACAGACUUAUGGACACUGUCUUCUAUAUGAAAGAAUUUCUUGGGUUUUCUGAGUCGGAGAUUAAGGAAAUAUUGCUUGCUCAACCAAAGGUUUUUCUCACGAACAAGUAUUCCCUCGGCAAGAAGUUUGACUACCUGCACAAUGUGAUGGGGAUGGAUCACAAGAAACUCGUCCAGUGGCCCAACAUCUUCCGCACCCGGCUACAUCUUCUACAGCAGCGGCACGGCUACCUGGAGAGUGUCAGCCGGGCACAGUACGACCCUGCCACAGAACACUACAUCUCACUCAAGGCCCUGGUGGGCAGCAGAGAGAGAGACUUCUGUGAGCAUCUUGCUAAAACAACCGUGUCUCACUACCGCAACUACUUGAAGACAUUGUGAAUCAAAGCUAUUGCCCCAUCAGUGGGCCUAUUGUGCUAUUUUUCGCUCUGGCCAGUGCACCAUGGCUGGUAUACUAAAGACCAUGGUAUGUGCUAUCCUGUCUUUGAGAUGGCAUAUAUAAAAGAUUCCUUGCUGCUAAUAGCACAAUGUAGCAGGUUUCCUGUCUUAAAGACUAUUUAUGUUGAACAAAAAUCACCAAACGUUUGACAUCCAUUAACGGAUGAUUAAUAAAUCAGUGUGCUCUAGUGGUGUUGUUAAAUAAAACAAACCAACGUUUUUACAAAGCUAUUGUGUUGUUAGAAGAUGCCAACAACUGGAGUAACGUAAUUGUCUGGCUAAUGUACUGCAAUGUAUGAUCUUCAUAACUGGUCUACUAGUGUGCCCCACCCCCUCAAUCAGUGCUUCCAGUGCUUGUGGGCAGUGUUGUUAGAUGUGUGAAUAAAACAUUUGUCGUCA